GCUCUAGGGGUUUCAACUGCGAGGCUGAAGACAUUGAUAAUGAGUGGUUACAAAGGUGUGAAUCCCCCUAAAUGGGUGGGAAAGUCAUCUCCUUCUAUUGGUAGUAGCAGCAGCGAUGAUAGUGAAAUGAUGAUAGUACUAUUCCCUUUAUUAGAGAUACUAAUUAUUAUUGAGAUGAAUAAUUUGAGGGAAUUGGUAUCUCCUACUACUAUUCCUAGUAACGAAGCAUUCUCUAAUCUAUGCAAGUUGGGGAUAUCUAAUUGCCCAAAGCUAGGGGCCUUGCCAGUACCGCAUCUGAAAGCACUCAAAGAUGUAUGUGUUUCAGGUGAAUGUUCGGAUGAGUUGUUAUAUAGCAUCUCAAAUCUUAGUGCUCUCGCUCGUCUCACUCUUAGGAAUAUGAAUAAAAGAGUUUUAUUUGGAGCUGGUUAUAUGGUAUUAAUGUUUGAUGAUGAUGAGAUACAAUUAAGAGGAGGAGGAGGAGUACGCUCAACUUUCCAAUCUCUUCAAACUCUGCGUAUUUGGAGGUGCAGCAAGUUAAGGCGUUUGUUUGAUUCGGGAAUGAUAAUGGAAGAAGAGAGUACUAAUGGCUGCGAGAAGCAACAAAAGCAUCAUCAUCAUCUUCAAGCAGAAAGAACAAGAGAUCUCAUCCACUCUCUCAAGGAAUUGUAUAUUCGUAAUUGUUGGGAGUUGAUGAUAUCAGUUGAGGAAUUUGGAAACCUCAAUUCACUACAGAGUUUGGAAAUCAGGGGUUGUCCUAAGUUGGUGUCUUCAGAAGAAGAGGACGAUUUUAAGGCACUCCUACGUUCCCUUCGAGCAAGACUUGGUCCUAUCUACUUCUCUGUAGAUAUUGAAUUGGAAAAGGAAAAGGAAGAGGGAGAGCAUAGCAGAGCAUAGUGUGUGGCCCCCAUCAUCAUCAUCAUAAGCAAAUUUGGAGGAAAAGUCUUCAUCAGGGAUCUUCAUCUUCUGCUUCUAGAAAGAAAGAAAGAAAGAAAGAAAGAAAGAAAGAAAGAAAGUGGGGGAAACUUCUUUAUAAUAAAGUUAUUUCAUCUCAUUUUCUAAUUUGCACAUUUAAUUGUAUUUCAUGCAUAUCUAUCUAUCUAUCUGUUCAUCCCAAAAUGUAUAUUCUUGUUGCUUUGUGAAGGAUAUAAAUAUUAUUGGCAGACUUGACUUGAUUUAUAAUGAUAUUUGAAGGCCGUUCAACUUUUA